AUGGAGAAAGAAAGGAAAAAUAGGGGCAAAAUUUUCUUGACUAUUGCUGUGACCGUUAACAUUUUAUUUAGUGUCGUCUCUAUCGGGUUCCUUAUUUACAAAGUACGAUCGUUAGAGAGAGAUCGUCAGCUUCAGAAAGACUCAUCAAAGACAGGCCAGACAAGAGAACGACAAAAUGAAGCCUGGGAUGACUUAGCACAUCGAAGAAAAAGAGCUGCUGAGUCUCUAGGAGAAUCAAAAAGCUGCACUACUUGCCACAACGCUUGUGCCAAAUUAUUUGGACUAGGAGCUUCGGCAAAGGUUACUACUAAAAUAGGCAACAACACAGAUCAGCAGGUCAUCUGCAUGAGAGGAGCUCAAGGACCGCAGGGUGAGGAUGGGCCCCGGGGACGUCGGGGUCGCCCAGGGUACAUUGGAAAGGCCGGGAAAAGAGGCCCUCCUGGAGAGCGAGGCCUUCCAGGCGCCAAAGGAAGACCUGGUAAAGCUUUCUCUGGAAAUACGUCACAGUUGAUAGAGAGUUUAGAUGUACCCAAGAUAACAAGGAAACCACCAACCAGCUUCACAGCGAACGAAGGAAGCAGAGUGUCCUUUUCCUGCGAAUCUGUGGGUUUUCCCAAACCAGAUAUCACCUGGUAUAAGGAUAACGAAAGGAUGAAAAGUAGACAUUUUAACAAGGAGAAAGGGGAGAUCACUUUUUCUAGUGUUCAGUUCAGCGAUCGAGGCUCCUAUAGGUGCGAGGCAAGGAAUUUCUUGGGCGUCGAUUCUGUGACUAUAGAGGUUGCUGUCGAAGUUCGACCAAGAUUUGUUCAGAGGCCCGAGAUAUACCACCCGGGCUACGAAACUUGGGAGACGACUCUAUCAUGUAACAUCUUUGGUUCUCCUCCGCCAAAGAUACAAUGGACUCGCUCAUUUCGGCCUUUACCUGUCGAGCGUCACGUGGUGAUUGGAAAAGAUUUGGUGAUCAAAGACACUCGGCAGGAAGACAGAGGACCCUACAUGUGUCGCGGAGAAAAUCACCUGGGUCACGUGUAUGCACUUAUUGUGCUCGUUGUGAAACCUGUCACUCCCCCGGUGAUCACUACUGCACCAUCUUCCAUUCUUAAGGUAAGAAACAUCUUUGAAAAAGUAACUCUGCAAUGUGCUGCCCGUGGUUCUCCUGUACCCAGUCUAGAGUGGAGCAAGGAUGGAGUGGUUAUUUCAAACAACAGAACUUCAAAGACUGACAGAGAAGCAGCUUCUUGUCAAAAGCUCGUUGGAUGUGGAGACCCUGGUGUCCCUGUUAACGGAUACAAGGUUGGAGAGAAUUAUUGGGGAGGAGAGAUGGUGACUUUUGCGUGUGACGCAGGAUACUACUUGGAAGGACCUACAAACAGACUGUGCUUGGAAAAUGGCAACUGGAGUAACGUGGUGCCGACAUGCCAUCGUCUGUGCGAAGAACCUGCUCCUAUUGAAAAUGGUUACAGGAUAGGAGAUAAGUUCUGGAAAGGCAGAAACGUCACUUACGAGUGUAACACAGGAUACCAGCUUCGAGGACCACAUGUCAGAAUUUGUAAGGAGAACGGAGAAUGGAGCGAAGAAGGACCAACAUGUGAAGGUCCAGUGUUCGAGCAUUCAGAAAUCUUACGAAAAAAUACAGAAUACUGGGAGCUCCUUAAAGGCUGGCUGGGCCCUGUGUCUACACUGCCAGCCAAGUGGAAGCUAUGCUACAGAGCUACUGAUCAUGGAUGGGGUUCCGGUACAUUUCAUUCCCAGUGUAACAAUCUAGGACCCACGGUGACCUUCAUAAGAGUGGGCGGGUAUAUAUUUGGAGGAUACACUGACCGGAACUGGCACUCAGGUGGCUCCUACACAGAUUCAACCCACAGUUUCUUAUUCUCAUUUAAGAAUCGCUAUGGACUGGAUCCGUUUAAGCUUCACAUCAAGUAUAGUGAGCAUGCCAUAUACGGUAACAACGGUUACGGCCCAACAUUUGGUGGGGGACACGACAUUUCCAUCGCCGACAAUGCAGUUUCGAACACAAACUCUUACACAAACUUGGGUCACAGUUAUGUGCAGCUGGCUGGCUACAAGUACGGUGAUAGUAACACGAAAAAUCUUUUAGCGGGAAGCUACAAUUUCCAGCCUCACGAAGUGGAAGUAUUUUAUCAGACUUUCAAAAACUGA